GGGACGCAAUUAGCAGACGUUUGCGAGGAAAACUUUGUAGCCAGCUAGCUACAUUUCCUUUGCUGUUUAUUUACAUUUCAGAAAUUUCAUUAAGAAAUAAUGUCCAUUAAUACGACGAGGAAGCGAAUCUACGAAACUAGAGCGAACGAAAACGUAUUUUGAGAAUAACAAGCGUCGAAAUCAAAGGAAUAAGAUGUGUUUACAUAUUAAGGCUCUGUUCUUCCUUCUCUACCUGUGUGGCGCGAACGAAGGCAGAAGAAAUGUGCUUCUGAUCAUCGCGGACGACGCUGGUCUGGAGACGGAGGUGUACAACAGCACGGUGGUGCGCACGCCGCACCUGAGGGCGCUCGCGCGCCGCGCCGUCGUGUUUCGGAACGCGUUCACGUCCGCGAGCAGCUGCUCGCCCAGCCGCUCCACCGUGCUCACGGGCUUACCGCAGCACCAGAAUGGGAUGUAUGGGCUUCACCAAGGUGUGCAUCAUUAUAACUCGUUUGACGGAGUGCGCAGUCUCCCCCUGCUGUUAAAACAGGCCAAUAUCCGGACCGGAAUCGUUGGGAAGAAGCACGUGGGCCCGGGACCCGUUUACCCUUUCGACUUCGCCUACACGGAGGAGAACAGCUCCGUCCUGCAGGUGGGACGCAAUAUCACGCGGAUCAAACUCCUUGUCCGGAAGUUCCUGCGCGAACAACAGGCAGAGGUGGAGGAAGCAGAGAGGUGCGGAGGUGAGGCACGGCCCUUCUUCCUGUACGUGGCGUUCCAUGAUCCACACCGCUGUGGCCACUCGCAGCCCCAGUAUGGAGCGUUUUGUGAGAAAUUCGGGAAUGGUGAGAGUGGAAUGGGAAGAAUUCCGGACUGGGAGCCACAGUACUACACACCGGAUCAGGUAGAGGUUCCGUACUUUGUUCCAGACACACCGGUGGCCAGAGCAGACAUAGCAGCCCAGUACACCACUGUUAGCAGGCUGGACCAAGGCAUUGGUUUGGUAAUGCAGGAGCUGCGAGAGGCAGGCUUUGAGAACGACACUCUAGUGAUCUACAGCUCAGAUAACGGCAUUCCGUUCCCCAAUGGACGCACCAACCUGUACGGCUCGGGCGUGGUGGAGCCCAUGCUGGUGUCCUCACCUGAGCACAGGCAACGCUGGGGACAGACCAGCCAGGCCUACGUCAGCCUCCUGGACCUCACCCCCACUGUGUUGGACUGGUUCUCGGUGCCGUACCCGUCCUACAGCCUGGGCGGAGGUGCGCCGGUGCAGCUAACGGGCCGCUCGCUCCUCCCUGCCCUGAGCUCGGAGCCGGCCUGGGACACGGCCUUCGGCAGCCAGAGCCUCCACGAGGUCACCAUGUACUACCCCAUGCGUUCGGUGCGGCACGGCCGCUACCGGCUGCUGCACAACCUGCACUACCGCAUGGCCUUCCCCGUCGACCAGGACCUGUACGUGUCGCCCACCUUCCAGGACCUGCUGAACCGCACAGCGGCGGGGCAGCCCACGCACUGGUUCAAGACGCUGGCCAACUACUACUACCGCCCGCGCUGGGAGCUGUUCGACGUGCUCGCCGACCCCAGCGAGGAGAGGAACCUGGCAGGCGACCCGGUCCACCAGCUCGUCCUGGAGAGCCUGAGGGCCCUGCUGCAGAAGUGGCAGUGGGUGACCCAGGACCCGUGGGUGUGCGCGCCCGACGCCAUACUCGAGGACAAGCCGGAUCCGCAGUGCCGACCGCUCUACAACGACCUGUAGGGGACGCUUUGUUCAGCCUCGCGUGAACCAUCGGUUGCACCCAAAACAGCAUAGUACUAUACUACAUAGUGUGUCGAAAUAGUACGCCAUUCAGAUUUUCUGCCAAUUUACGCCAUGUAAACUCAAAUUCAGUAGUGUCCAAAUAUACUUGAGGUAUUGCUCAUGCACUCACCAAAUAUACUCAUAAAAGGGCUACAUAGUAGUUGGCAGUAUGUAGCCUAUUGUUUUUGUUGACUCUAAUGUGAUCAGAGCCUGUAUUCAUAUAGUCUGUCUGAUAAGGAAACUGCAUUAGUUUUUGUGACCAUAAUUGCCAGUAAUGAAGAGGGCAGGAUCUUCACUAGGCUGGGACUCUUUGAUUGGAUAAACAAUAAAUAUGUGCUUUACACAUGCA